AUUCAUAAUAUUGAUAAGCCGGUCGAAUUUGAUGACAGAAUAUGACUUAAAGCGUUGUUGUUAAGCGUAAAACGUAGUACACAAGCAGAAUACAGCUCAUUUCAUUUUGAAACGUGCUCGGGGCCAUAACGUGCCUGUGAAAAUCCUAGAGCAAAUACAAUUCACAAUUCACAUUUAAGAAUUUUCAAACGAAAAUGGUUUUCAUAACAAAAUUCGGUCGUGUUGGUGUGCAGAUAGCUCGCCAGGUGCGUGCCAUGCCUCUUGCGACAGCACAGUGGCGCAGUUUCCAUGUCAGCUGCAUCCUCGACAAUGAGCGACGCUUCACAGACAAACACGAAUGGGUUGAGAUGGUAGAUGAUAACAAAGCCAUUGUGGGCAUCUCCAGCUAUGCACAGGAAGCAUUGGGAGAUGUUGUGUUUGCCCAGCUGCCCGAACCGGGCACCGAACUGAAGAAGGACGAUGAGUGUGGUGCUCUGGAGAGUGUUAAGGCGGCCAGCGAGGUUUACUCGCCCGUCAGCGGCAAGGUGACAGAAAAGAAUGGCGAUGUCGAGAACACACCAGCCCUGGUCAACAGCAGUUGCUACGAGAAAGGUUGGCUGUUCAAGGUGGAGAUCAAAGAUGCCGCGGAAAUAAAGAAACUCAUGACUGAGGAGGAGUACAAAGACUUUCUUAGCAACAGUGCCGAUCACUAGUCAGUUAUAGGAUAAUUGCACUCAGAUAAAACAUACGCUGUAAACAUACGAUAUCAUAAAUCACAAUCCACAUAAUCACAAAAUACACAAAUAUCCACAAAUUGGAUUUCGUUACGCUCUAAGAAUAAACUGAAAAGCCAAAUAUUACACUUGAAA